CCAUGGUGAAUGCCCCGAAAACCAAGAAAACUUAUUGCAAGAACAAGGCCUGCAAGAAGCACACCUUGCACAAGGUCACUCAAUACAAGAAGGGUAAGGAUAGUCUAUCAAUUCAAGGAAAGCGUCGUUAUGAUCGGAAGCAAUCCGGUUAUGGUGAGCAGACUAAGCUUGUUUUUCACAAGAAGGCAAAAACCACAAAAAAGAAUGUGCUGAAAUUGCAAUGCCAAAGUUGCAAACAUUUUUCUCAGCACCCAAUCAAGUGGUGCAAGCAUUUUGAAAUUGGUGGAGACAAGAAGGGCAAGGGAACCUCUUUGUUUUAGAUGCAUUGCUUUAAACUUUCUCAUAGCUUUU